CGCGCUCGCGGACCUUUAAGGGGACAGUGCGCAUGCGCCGACUUCCUCUUUUUUUUCCGCCUGGAACCAUGGAGGCUGUGCCGGAGAAGAAAAAGGUUCCUGCCGCACCGGGAACCCAGAAGAAAAAGAAGGUUCCUGCUGCUCCAGGAACCCUGAAGAAAAAGAAGGUUCCUGCUGUGCCAGAAACUCUGAAGAAAAAGCGAAGAAAUUUCGCAGAGUUGAAGGUGAAGCGCCUUCGGAAGAAGAUUGCCCUGAAAUCACUGCGAAGGGCCCAGAGGAAGCUCAUCUAUGAGAAGGCAAAGUACUAUCACAAGGAGUACAGGCAGAUGUACCGGACAGAGAUUCGCAUGGCCAGGAUGGCAAGGAAAGCUGGGAACUUCUACGUGCCCGCAGAACCGAAGCUGGCCUUCGUCAUCAGAAUCCGAGGUAUCAAUGGUGUGAGCCCAAAGGUGCGCAAGGUGUUGCAGCUUCUUCGUCUGCGGCAGAUCUUCAACGGCACCUUUGUUAAGCUCAACAAGGCUUCCAUUAACAUGCUGAGGAUUGUGGAACCAUACAUUGCAUGGGGGUACCCCAAUCUGAAGUCAGUAAAUGAGCUCAUCUACAAACGCGGCUAUGGCAAAAUUCAUAAGAAGAGAAUUGCCUUGACAGAUAAUUCCUUGAUUGCUCGGUCUCUUGGUAAAUACGGCAUCAUCUGCAUGGAGGAUCUAAUUCAUGAGAUCUAUACAGUUGGAAAACGCUUCAAGGAAGCGAAUAACUUCCUUUGGCCCUUCAAAUUGUCUUCUCCACGAGGUGGAAUGAAGAAAAAGACAACUCAUUUUGUGGAAGGUGGAGAUGCUGGCAACAGGGAAGACCAGAUAAACAGGCUUAUUAGACGGAUGAACUAAGGUGUUGCCCAUGGUAUUUUUGUAAUCUGGUCAGUUAAUAAACAGUCACAGCUUGGCAAACUGAACUGUGUUGGAGUCUUUGUUGGCCUGCCUUUGCCCUAUCACUGGU